AUGGCUCAGGAAACAACUGCCUCAAAUGGGAACAAACGAUCGAGAGACGAAACUGACACGCUGUCGCCGCCCAAUGCUGACCUCGAGCUGAAGCGCCGCAAAUUCGACGGCGCGAUCCUAGAUGACCAAAGCCCCGGGAAUCGGCUCGGCAAUAUUGCUGCGGCCAUCUCAGCCCUUGGAUACAGCCGCGGGGGUGCUGAUGAUAAAAAGCAGAAUAUAUUUGCGGACCCGAAGCCACUGCCACCCGACGCAGCUGCACCAGCACCGGUCAACAUUGCUCCGGUAGCUCCAAUGUCGACACAAACCCGUGUCACGGCCGUCCCUCCCGCCCGAAUAGAGAUACGAAUACCCAACUCACUUCCUGCGAUAAAGUUGAAGGCGCUGAAAGGAACACGAUGGGACCCGGGCGAGAACUUUGUGGCGCCUCGACCGAUAGCCGCUGCUAGCAAGCCUCCACCUCCAAGAAAAACCCCGGCGAAACCAAGAAGUAGGAAGAAGGCAGUCCCAGCUCCAGCUCCAGUUCCAGCUCCUGAACCUGUGCCGACUCCUACCCGAAGCCUCGAAAACAGCACGGACGUGCCCCAAGCUGCCACAAAUGGUACCGAGCCCAUACCAGCGGCUGGCGACGAUGCCCCCCUGCCUGCACUGUUCGACACGCCAACGAAGAACCGACUGUUUUCGCCUGUCGCCUCCAAUGCGCCCAAGAGCAUUCUCACUCCUACUAAGAAGAGAGGCCCUCGGUCUAGCAAAAGCGUCACGUUUGACGGCAACGGCUUGUUCGACCACAUCCCGCGAAGCGCCAGCGCCAGGAAACCAGGACGACCGAGGAAACUUGAUGAACCCAUUGGUAAACCGAUUGAUGAACCUAUCGGUGAAGCUAUUGACGAAAUUGUGUGUGCCGUUUGCGCGAAACCGCAUUCAAUCCCACCCAACGAAAUUAUACUAUGCGAUAACUGCGAUUUCGCAGCACACCAAGAGUGCUACGGGGUACCAGAAAUUCCCGAGGGCGAUUGGCUGUGCAAAUCGUGCACACAAGAUGAUGUAUUGAAAACUCCCAAAGCCGACCCUAAGUCUACUCUUGCAGCAGCUCCCUUGACUGUCGAGAUUCCCGAGAUUCCCAACCUAGAUCGGCAUCUCAGCGCCAUGCAGCGCGUGCUGCUUGAUCGCUGUACAGGCCGCCGUCGAAUACGCAUGUUUGGUCAUGACGAAGCUAGCGACAAAGUUCGGCAGCUCAUAGAGCAGACGGUGCUGGCAGGAGAAGGCAAUUCCAUGUUGCUCAUUGGGCCAAGGGGAAGCGGCAAGACUACUCUUGUCGAAAAUACGAUAUCAGAUCUGUCGCAAGAAUAUCGACAAGAUUUCCACGUUGUUCGCCUGAAUGGGUUUAUUCACACAGACGACAAACUUGCUUUAAGAGAAAUCUGGCGUCAACUAGGCAAGGGAAUGCAGGUCGAAGAUGACCUUCUCAACAGAUCAAAUUACGCGGAUACGAUGGCGUCAUUGCUUGCCCUCCUCUCUCAUCCAUCCGAAAUUUUGGGUCAAGAUGACGGUGUCACGUCGCAGGCUGUGGUGUUUGUUAUUGAUGAAUUUGACAUGUUCGCCACUCAUCCUCGCCAGACACUGCUAUAUAAUCUAUUUGAUAUUGCGCAGUCUCGAAAAGCUCCAAUUGCCGUGCUUGGUUGCACGACGCGCAUGGACGUGGUCGAAAUGCUAGAGAAACGUGUCAAGAGUCGAUUCAGUCACAGAUAUGUGUACCUCUCUCUCGCCAAGACGCUGCCGGCGUACUGGCAAGUUUGCAGACAGGGAUUAAUGCUCGGCGAAGCCGAUGGAGGCAAGGAGGGUCUCCAUGUUAGUCUGGAGGGCUAUUCCGACUUUCAGAAAUACUGGAACAACAAAAUCCAGGAGCUCUAUCAGCACCGCCAAUUUCAGGACCUGUUGAAAUAUCAUUACUACACUACGAAGUCAGCGUCGGCAUUCUUCUCCGAGUGGAUCUUACCGCUGUCGUAUUUGUCGCCCAAGGACUUGACUCUGCGCGUGCCUGCAGUCGAGUCGGAGUUGACGUCGUUGGCACCACCUGACUCCCGAAUGCAGCUCCUGGAGAGCUUGUCAGAGCUCGACUUGAGUCUACUCAUCGCAGCAGCUAGGCUCGAUAUCGUGGCGCAUACUGAUACAGUCAAUUUUGCCAUGGCGUACGACGAAUACAGCUCGAUUGUAGGUAAACAGCGCGUGCAGUCUGCGGCCUCUGGUCUUCUCGCUGUUGGAGGCAAUGUCCGUGUCUGGAGUCGCGGCGUCGCGAGUACUUCUUGGGAGCGACUAGUCGGCUUGGGCCUGCUCGUUCCAUCCGGUAUUGGGGGUGGAAGAACGUUGGGCAGUGGAGGGCUGGAUGGACGCAUGUGGAAGGUAGACAUGUCACUGGAAGAGAUUCCAGCUGGAGUCAAGCUCAGUGCUGUCAUGUCAAAAUGGUGUCGCGAAAUCUAG